GCCUGAAUUAGUGGUAUUUAAAUAGUUGGAUAUUACAUAAUGAUAUGCUUAGUUGUAGAAAUGCAAAAAAAAAUUCCUUGUUACUAAAUAAUACACAAGUAACGCAUUCCUAUUCCAAUUCAAAGCAGAGUCAACAACUAGUUCCACCCCUUUAUCCUACGCACUCCUCUCUGCUUAUCCUGCGCAUCUUUCACCGGUUUCGGAACCGAGAUCCUCAACUACGCUCUUUAACACCUCACUCCCCACCGCUCUUUGCUCUCAACUCUCCAAUUUUGCUAUUUCAUUUAUCUCAGCGGGAAAGAAUCAUGAGUUGUUUCAGUUGUUGCGAAGAGGGUGACUUCCCUAAGGCUGCUGAAAGCGGAGGACCAUAUGUCGUAAAAAAUUCUGCAGGGAAUGAUGGAAAUUAUCAUGCUUCUGAAACUGCAAAGCAGGGGGCUCAGACUGUUAAAGUCCAGCCCAUUGAAGUUCCUGAUAUACCAGCAGAUGAACUAAAAGAAGUUACUGAUAACUUUGGGCAAGAUUCUCUGAUUGGAGAGGGAUCUUAUGGAAGAGUAUAUUAUGGCGUUCUUAAAAGUGGGCAGGCUGCGGCAGUCAAGAAGUUAGAUGCCAGUAAACAGCCUGAUGAGGAAUUUUUAGCCCAGGUUUCAAUGGUAUCAAGGCUGAAGCAUGAAAAUUUUGUUCAGUUGCUUGGAUAUUGUGUUGAUGGAAACUCCCGUAUUCUUGCUUAUGAGUUUGCAUCUAAUGGGUCACUUCAUGAUAUUUUACAUGGCAGAAAAGGUGUUAAAGGAGCAGAGCCUGGUCCUGUUUUGACAUGGGCGCAGAGAGUAAAAAUUGCUGUAGGGGCUGCAAGAGGGCUUGAAUACUUGCAUGAGAAGGCUGAUCCCCACAUUAUCCACCGGGACAUCAAGUCAAGCAAUGUGCUAAUAUUUGAUGAUGAUGUUGCUAAAAUUGCAGAUUUUGAUUUAUCAAACCAGGCUCCUGACAUGGCUGCGCGUCUUCAUUCCACUCGUGUUCUUGGAACCUUUGGUUAUCAUGCACCAGAAUAUGCAAUGACUGGACAAUUGAAUGCUAAGAGUGAUGUAUACAGUUUUGGUGUUGUCCUUCUGGAACUUUUGACUGGAAGGAAACCUGUUGAUCAUACACUACCACGUGGACAACAGAGUCUGGUUACUUGGGCUACACCAAAACUCAGUGAGGAUAAAGUCAGGCAAUGUGUUGAUUCAAGACUAGGAGGAGAAUACCCACCCAAAGCUGUUGCUAAGAUGGCUGCUGUUGCUGCACUGUGCGUGCAAUAUGAAGCUGAUUUCAGACCCAACAUGAGCAUUGUAGUAAAAGCUCUUCAACCUUUGUUGACUGCCCGACCUGGACCUGCUGGUGAAACACCAAAUUAAUCUCUGUAUCUCUUUCUCUCAAUCUGUGAGUACGUGCGCAAGUGUGCAUGCAAAAUAUAUGAGAUUGCUUCAGAAGCUGGUGGUGAAUUGCUCGACCUUGGCUUUAUAUCUCAUUGUUUACAAUGUAUUCAUUUUGUUCAUAAUCCAUGAGGUUCUCUGAGGUUUCCUUGCUUCUUCUAUUCUUUUUGGUGUUAUUUGUUUUCUCCAUUUUUAUUUUUUCUUUCUAUCCCUUACUGCUGGGAUGAUUGCUAUCUUUAAAGUAUUGGAAAAAACUGCGAAACAGAAAUGAGUAUAGUCAGAGGAAAGAGCAAGUCAUUCGACAAUUUCGUUGUUGGAAACAGUUAUAAUGACAAAGGCCUGUUCUUACUAGAUUAAUUUUUUUAUUUUUUAUCAAAAUGUUUAUCAAGUUGAGAGUUGUAUGAUUUCUCCUAAUUUCGAUUCCAAUGCUUUGGAA